UAUGGCACAGAAGGAGAAGCUGCAGUGUCUGAAAGAUUUCCAUAAGGACACUCUGAAGCCGUCUCCAGGUAAAAGUCCAGGCACGCGGCCGGAGGAUGAGGCUGAGGGAAAGCCUCCACAGAGGGAGAAAUGGGCCAGCAAGCUGGACUUCCUGCUCUCAGUGGCGGGGGGAUUCGUAGGUUUAGGCAACGUGUGGCGUUUCCCGUACCUCUGCUACAAGAAUGGCGGAGGUGCAUUUCUCAUCCCCUAUUUCAUCUUCCUGUUUGGCGGAGGGCUUCCUGUGUUUUUCCUGGAGGUGGCGCUAGGCCAGUUCACCUCUGAAGGAGGGAUCACCUGCUGGGAGAAACUCUGCCCCAUCUUCACUGGAAUCGGCUAUGCCUCCAUCGUGAUCGUCUCCCUGCUGAAUAUCUACUACAUUGUGAUCCUGGCGUGGGGGCUGUAUUACCUGCUGCAGUGCUUUCAGAGGGAGCUGCCGUGGGCUCGCUGCAGGCACAGCUGGAACACACAAAACUGUGUGGAAGACACCAUCCGCAAGAACAAAACCCUCUGGCUCUCUGCCAACGCCACCAACUUCACCUCUCCUGUCACUGAGUUCUGGGAGCGUAAUGUCCUGAGUCUUUCGUCGGGGAUUGAUGAGGUGGGCGAGCUGAAGUGGGACCUCGCCCUCUGUCUGCUAGCCGUCUGGGUCAUCUGCUUCUUCUGCAUCUGGAAGGGAGUGAAAUCCACAGGCAAAGUGGUGUAUUUCACUGCUACGUUUCCGUUUCUCAUGCUCAUUGUGUUGUUGGUGCGUGGAGUAACUCUGCCUGGUGCUGCCGAGGGCAUCAAAUUCUAUCUGUACCCCGACCUGAGCCGCCUGCAGGACCCUGAGGUAUGGAUUGAUGCAGGGACUCAAAUCUUCUUCUCUUAUGCUAUUUGUCUUGGUGCAAUGACUUCACUGGGAAGCUACAAUAAGUACAAAUAUAACUGCUACAGGGACUGCUUGCUGCUUGGAGGCCUGAACAGCGGGACCAGCUUUGUGUCCGGCUUUGCCAUCUUCUCUGUGCUGGGGUUUAUGGCUCAGGAGCAGGGCGUGGCCAUUGCUGAUGUGGCUGAAUCAGGUCCUGGGCUGGCCUUCAUCGCAUAUCCAAAGGCAGUUACUAUGAUGCCACUGCCCACUUUUUGGGCAAUACUCUUCUUCAUCAUGCUUCUGCUGCUGGGCCUAGACAGUCAGUUUGUAGAAGUGGAGGGUCAGAUCACCUCACUGGUGGACCUGUACCCAUCCCUCCUAAGGAAGGGAUACCGGAGAGAGAUCUUCAUCGCUGUCAUCUGUGUCAUCAGUUACCUGGUGGGACUCACCAUGGUCACUAAAGGUGGCAUGUAUGUGUUCCAGUUGUUUGAUUACUAUGCAGCCAGCGGUGUGUGCCUUCUCUGGGUUGCAUUCUUUGAAUGUGUGGCAGUAGCCUGGGUUUAUGGCGCUGAUAAUUUCUAUGAUGCUAUUGAGGACAUGAUCGGCUACAGACCAAAUGGUUGGAUGAAGUGGAGCUGGACGCUGAUCACACCUGUCCUGUGUGUGGGUUGUUUUGUCUUCUCAUUGGUGAAAUAUAAGCCCCUCACCUAUAACAAGGUGUACGAGUAUCCUGAUUGGUCAAUUGGAGUGGGGUGGUCUUUGGCUUUGGCCUCCAUGAUCUGCAUUCCCAUGGUGGUCGUCAUCAAAAUUAUCCAGUCGGAUGGCUCGCUGAUCGAGCGGAUCAAAGCCGUGGCCGCCCCGGUGAAAGGAGGAGCCAGCUCUCGUCCGAAAGAGUACAGCCUGAAGAACAGCGAACUGCUCCAUCCACUCGACCCCAACGGCACUUACGCCCUCAGCAAACACACCCACACCAUCGUAGAAACUACAAUGUGAGACUCUCUAUGAGAGGUCCCUAUUACCUCUCCCUCCCUUUAAUCCCCUCUCCUCUCCCUCCUCCCCUUCUAUUCUUCUCCUCUUCUCCAUCCACUUAGACUGCCCCUCCCUUUCUCUGCACUAGUAUAUUCUAGCUGUAUUUUUACAAAAGGAGGUUGAAAACUCUUAUAAUGACAUCCUUUUAUCCUCGCUGUUUAGAAAUUUUAUUAUCAUUACUAUUGUGGUUUUAUUAUUGCUGUUAGGACAUUUUAAUAUCACUAUAAUCAUUGAUAUUAUCAUUAAUACUGAUAUGUUUGGCUGGAGUGAGCUGUGAGAUGUUUUUGUGCGAGCGAAAAGAGAGAGAGAGGAAGAGAGAGAGACGGAAGUCAUGGCGUUAUUUAGGAGUGUUUGAAGCUGAGCCUUGUUUAUAAUAAAAUAACAAAAACAGCAGUGAACUAAAUAUGUGACACUUUUUUAGGUAGCUAUGAUAAGCAGGUGUGUAAGUGACUGUGGCAGUACCCUCGUUGUAAAGACAUUGUUCUCCGUCUUGAUUAACCUGAAUGUACCUCCGCUUUGUGCGGAAGCUGUGCACUGCUUACACACACGCACACACACACACACACACACACACACACACACACACACACACACACACACAUAUAUAUAUAUACAUAUACAUACAUACAUACACACACACACACCGUCAUAUACCAUCAUUCAUUUAAUUUCCAGUCACAAUAGCCAUUAAGUAAGCUGUUCAAUUUCAAGGUAAACAUAUAUAACAGAAAAAUAAUAUUACAGCUUAAUAUAAGAUCCAAUUUGUCAGUAUUUACUGUGUCCACUCUUUGCAUUUACAGCAUUUAGCAGCAUUUAGUUUUAUUGCAGCUUCCAUUCAAGACCAUUGGUUUAAUUUUUCAAAGAAACCUGCAGGGUUAUUUUUUUUACCACUCCUCCAUAGUUCAGUUUUCUGCUUCUCAUGAUCCAAAUAAUCCCCCACAUUUUUGCAGACUCCUAUUUUAUUUCCUAUUUCCUAUUUUAUUCUUAGAUCUAACCUCCUCAGAAAUAUCUCCUGAAAAAUGAAUAACUUUUCCUUAAUGACUGUUUUGCCUGGAAAUUAUGUAAAUGAAGGGUGCUAUGACUUUUUCACAGCACAAUACGCACAAACGCACCACAUACAGACACAUUUGCUUGCUUGGAGAGAGUUAAAUCUGUGUGUGCCCAUGUUCUCAGUACUGUGCUCUCCUUGUAAUUUAGUGAUCACUGCCAGACCAGCUGUCCACACACUGACAAACACUCACAUACACAUACUCAGAUAUAUAUAUCCAGUAUAUAUACAGCCAUCAGAGUCUAAUACUGUAGGCAGCUGUGCUUUUAUAUGCUAAGUAUCAUUUGUAGCUCUUCUCAUUUCAAGAGAAGAGUUUAAAUCAGAUUUUUAUGUUUUCUUUUAAAAAAUAAACAGUGUUGCCUAUCCACCUCACUGUAUGGACAGAGGGUAAAUCGGUCACCUGUCAUCCAGUGUGUCUGUCCAUGUCCGUUUAUUGGCUUAGGAAAUUAGGAAAUCAAUUUUUAUUGGCACUGAGCAGUUUUAAUGUGGUCACUGUCACAUCAGACGUUGCAAUUCAUAUCCUAAACCUAACCGUCUACUGCAAAAAAUGGUUUUGACUUCCUGUGAUGCAUCAUUUUAGAGGUCAGGGGUUCCCAAUCCCAGUCAUGGUGACAACAUGCUCUACAUACUUUUGUGUUUUCCCCACUUGGCAUAUGAGUCAAACUAUGAGAAGGUGGUUAAUUAGUUUGAGUUGAAUCAAUUAUUCUAGAUAAGAGACAGCACAGAAAUGUGCAGUGUGAGGUCACCAGGCCUCGGACUAGGAACCCCUGCCUUGGACCUUUAUGUUGCCCCCACAUAAUUACAUUGCGAUUCAGUGCAUCAUGAAAUCUCAGAUGUCACCAUGAGUUCUAUUCACUCUGAGCAGAACCAAUAUUUUAACAUGUCCAUUCUUGCAUCAAGUCCCAGCAUAAUGUUCCUAAACCGGCUGGAACAAAAUGAAAACCAGAAAUGGAAUUCUGUUUCUUUAACAUAGACUUUCUGUAGGUCCAAAAUAUUAAAAUAGUAAGUUUAUUAAAGCUAUUAGGCCCAGCAUUUGUGUUUGUAUUGAUAAUGACAUCAUAAUAAUUUAGGUUGUUAUGAUGAAACUAUGUCCAAAAGCAGUGUUACAUGUUGUCUAUAGUGUUAGCAAAUUCCCCAAUUAAAAAUGUGUAGACAUAGCAGAAAAAUAAUGGUAACUAACAAGAUUUCGAAUUAAUAUUUUUGUUCUGGAACAGUUUUUAGUUGCGGUUUUGCUUCUAGCAAAAUAUUGUCGAUUUUUAAUUUCAUUUUUGUUCCUAAUAUGUAAAAAUAGUUACACAAAAUUUGCAAAUACUUUGACCAAAGUGUUUAUAAUGGACUAUAAUUGAUCAUAACUAAUUGAUCAUAAUGAAUAUUCCAAAAUUGAUGUAGUUGAAUCGCAACCUUCAAAUAAAUAUUGAUGCACCUCUGCCCACACCAUGCUACAUCCAAAUCAGCCCUCAAUCCCUUACACCCAGUCCAUGUUGCAUUAAUUGCAUUAGUGGCCUGCGGUACAGCUAAUCUAAACCACACUCCAUACUCACUUCACUCCACUGUAGCCUGUUCUGUCUGAGGUAACCGAGUCCACUCUGAAACAAGGGUUUGCUCACCUGCAUUUUAAUUAAUCUCAAAUGUCAUUUGCCUUUUGUAUUAACCAUUUUAUACUGUACAUGAUGUGACUGUCAGUAAUUUGCCUAUAUUUUUCUGAAUGCAUUCAGAAAUCUAUAUCCAAAUGUUGAUUACCAUCAGCCUAAAUGCAACUUGCAGUGUGCAAUAUUUGUAAAAAAAAAAAAAAAAAACCCAAAAACCAAAAAAGUGGCUUUGUUAUAUUUCAGCUUGAAAAUGU